AUGCUGGAUAAACUGACUAGUGUGUUUGGCCAUCAUCCAUCUACUUGUCCCCAUAAGCUGAGAGCAUGUCUCCCUCUCAUCCUUUUGCUAAGGAACGGACUUCAGUAUGCCCUAACAGGAGAUGAAGUAAAGAAGAUCUGUAUACACCAUCUCAACAAGAUUGAUGGCAAGGUCCGAACUGAUAUGACGUAUCCUGCUGGUUUUAUGAAUGUCAUCAGUACUGACAAGACUGGAGAGAAUUUCCAUCUGAUCAAUGACACCAACAGUCACUUUGGUGUUCAUUGGAUUACACCUGAGGAGGCCAAGUAUAAGUUGUACAAAAUGAGAAAGACCUUUGUGGGGACAAAAGGAAUCCCUCAUUUGGUGACCCAUGAUACUUGCACCAUCUGCUAUCCUGAUCCCCUCAUCAAGGUGGAUGAUACCAUUCAGAUUGAUUUGGAGGGUGGAAAGAUUACUGAUUUCAUCAAAUAUGGUAAUCUGUGUAUGGUGACUGGAGGUGCCAACCUGGGAAGAAUUGAUGUGCUCACCAACAGAGAGAGACACCUUGGUUCUUUUGACGUAGUUCACAUGAAACUUGCCAAUGGCAACAACUUUGCCACCUGGCUCUCCAACAUUUUGUGUUUUUUUAAUCAUCAAAGGAAAUAA